UAGAAGACAGCCUCGGUCAUUCAGAAGCCCAACCUGUUGCUGAUGCAAAGGUGAAAGUAUGUGGAAGUGAAACUCAUACGUGGAUUUCUGGACAUCAAAUCGACGUAAAAUGCCAUUCUAGUACCAGCUAACGUUGCCCAUGGUCUGUAGAAACGUGGUAGAAGGAUGGAACACCUGAGCACACUGUGGAGUGCCGUGGACAAGCCCGACCUUGUGUGGUUAGGGGUGGGCACUGCCUGCACCUCCUUGUUUGCCUAUCUAUGGGGGAGGGGCAGGAGAACAAGGGACACCAUAAAGCAUGCCAUGUUCAUCGAUGCCAACAUCCAUGACGUUGUGGCUGGCACACCCAACCAGACCAUCCCGUAUGCAGUGAUAGAAGGUUUGGUGGAACCUGUGGGGAAGCCUCUGCAGAGCCAGCUGGGUGUGGAGGGGGUUAUACAGGAGCUGCUGAUGGAGGAACACAGGAGGGUGUGGAACAAAGUGUCCAGGAUAUGGUACGACACAUCCAGGACUAUAAGGAGGGUAACCAAUCGUAUUCCCUUCUCCCUCGCUUGCAAAGGGGGAAAGGUCAGGGUUCUGGAGCCCACCCAGGCAGCCAUGUUGUCUCUGGAUGUCAUCUACGACAAGUUCGAACCUGAGGAUUCCACCAUGGGGAAGAGGGUAGUUGAUUGGAUGAGUGGCGAGGCUAUUAAGGGGUACCAGGAGACAGAGAAGAUGCUGAAGGUUGGCACGCAGCUGUUUGGUUACGGUGAGCUCUCUUUGGAAGAAGGGCAGGUCGUGCUGAGGAACCCAAGCAACAACGCCUCGUACUUCAUCACCAAUCUGUCGCCUUCAGAACUGGCUAAGCAGUACCAGACCAAGGUAACCAUGCUGAAGGCCUUCACCAUUCUGUUUGGGGUGGGGACGCUGAUCGCCCUGUGUGCCUUUGCAGCCAAGUGGUACAGGAGAUACAGAGAGAACCAGGAGUUCUUUGCACAGACGGAGCAGGUCAGGGCAGCACGGAGGCGCCCGGAUGGCGAGCCGCCGGAGGAGUUAGACGAGGAGCACGCUUGUGUCGUGUGCCAAGCCAACGCACGCGAGGUCAUCAUCCUCGACUGCGGACACAUCUGCUGCUGUGCUGACUGUGCAGACAUGCUGCAGCCUAGAAAGUGCCCCAUAUGCCGGCGCCACAUUGCACGGAUUCUUCCUGUGUACAAUCCGUAGAAAUAUUUUAUCAUAAAAAAUUAUAGAUUUGAUAUGGAAGUAUCUGAACAACGCAUUAUCCUAUUGAUUGAAGACUCCAGUUUGUUUAAAUUAAAGAACCACAUUGACCUUUUAUGGUAUGGUAUUGAUGCAGGCUCAAAAUGACGCUUACUUAUACAGUAUAGUAUCAGGUACCUGAUAAUUCUGCUGCUGUCUUAGUUUUAACAUAGUCAUGGUAGUUGCCCCAUGUAGGAAAUUGUUGCAGAAUAGACAUACGUGUAUGACUUGAACCCCCUUCAUUGAAUACGUAGCCUUUGCAAUUUGCACAUAUAUGAAUUGAAACCACUUCUGCUAUUUAUGUAAGCAAACAGUAUGUUGAACUUAGUAUGGUGUUGUCUUUGGGAUGCUCUUAUAUACUUACAUAAAGUAUCUUGUUAAAGAUAAUGCAUGGAUAUCAUAUUGUAUAAAAAUAAAAGUAUUACAUUGACUGAAUAAGAAACCAAUAAUUUUUGCUGUAUUCUUUAAGUGUUUCCA